AUGGAUAUCUCGCAGCAAAUACCUCCGCCAAGCAAUGAAGUUGCAAUUUAUCUAGCCGCUAUCUGGGAUCGACUCAAGGACCAGAUAAAUCCCUUUCUCCAGGUCCUUCUCAUCGAUGACUCUAUGUAUCGUAUGCUAGAUACUUAUGGGAGGCGCUAUAUUGCCAGGAAAUUCAUGGAGCAUACGCGGGAAUCUGCGAUGUAUUGCCGUGAUGGCAAUAGAGAAGACCGGCAUUAUCUCGGUGCACCGCGUUAUUUUAUUGCCACUGGCGGCGUGCUUCAUUCUGCUGAUGGCCUUGAGCCAAUCUGGACGAUGGAUGAUGGCUUGAAUACUCGCUUUGAAACCGCUGCAGUUUGCCAGCCUACAGUUCCAUCCAAACCAACUAAGAUCCCACGUCCUCCGAAUGCGUACAUUUUGUACCGCAAAGACCGUCACAAUAUAGUUAAAGCUGCCAAUCCUGGUAUUACCAAUAACGAAAUCUUCCCCAUUGCAGCCCAAAUUUUAGGACGAGCUUGGAACCAAGAAUCGAGAGAAGUGCGGCAAAAAUAUAAGGAGAUGUCAGAAGAAAUCAAACUCGCCUUACUGGAAAAGCACCCAGAUUAUCAGUACAAGCCUCGGAAGUCGUCUGAGAAACGCCGCCGUACUCGCCGUAGCCAACAAGCGCACGCUCUCUUGGUUGAGGCUAAUCUUGCUGCCCCUGACAAUGAAACGGCUGAAGACAACUCCCUAUGGUGUAUUCUAUUUCCUCUGCGGUUAGGCGAUAAUGGCCGCGAAGCAAAUCGCAUCCCACGUCCUCGCAACAGCUGGAUCUUGUACCGCCAGUUUCUUUCGGGAGAAUUUACCAAAUGUUAUCUAGGAAUCACUGCAUCAGAGCUUUUAGGCAGCUCCUCAGUACAUGCACUAAUGUAUCGAUACCUAUAUGAAGCAACUCUCAUCUCCACGAAAUGGAAAAGCGAGCCACCCCAUGAGAAAAAGUUUUGGCAUGAUCUGGCUGAACAAGAAAAACGCAAUCAUAAACAGAAUUACCCAGAUUACAAGUACAGAGUUAGGAAGCCUCAAGCAAAGAAAAGGAAAGGAAGGCAAACUGUGGCCGCUGCUGUGCUAGAGACAGAUUGA